AUGGCAUCUGAUCUGCUGAUUCUCCUCAUCCGUGGGAAGCAGCAGGUGGGCCUGCAAUUGUUCUGCCUUCCCCUGGGUCCUCCUUUAGUGCCUCUGACUUCCAGGCCAGGGACAGAGAAAGGGGAGAUAAGGCAGAGGAAUCAGACCUCUCCAGUAGACUUCAUCCUUGAAGGGCUCUUUGAUGACUCCCUCACUCACCUCUUUCUUUUCAUCUUGACCAUGGUGGUCUUCCUGAUUGCGGCGAGUGACAACAUCCUCACCAUUCUCCUCAUCUGUGCAGAUUCCCAGCUUCAUACACCCAUGUACUUCCUGCUCAGCCAGCUCUCCCUCAUGGAUCGGAUGCAUGUCUCCACAACCAUCCCCAAGAUGGCUACCAACUACCUAUCUGGCAAGAAGUCCAUCUCCUUUGUGGGCUGUGCCACCCAGCACUUCCUCUAUUUGUCUGUGGCUGGUGCUGAGUGUCUUCUCCUAGCUCUGAUGUCCUAUGACCGCUAUGUUGCCAUUUGUCAUCCACUGCAUUACACUGUUCUCAUGAACAGAAAGGUGGGACUUAUGAUGGCUCUUGUGUCAUGGUUGGGGGCAUCCAUAAAUUCCCUAAUUCACACGGUGAUCUUGACGCAGUUCCCUUUCUGUGGGCCUCAAAAAAUCCACUUCUACUGUGAGUUUCCAGCUGUUGUGAAGUUGGUACGUGGAGACAUCACUGUCUAUGAGACCACAGUGUUCAUCAGCAGUGUCCUACUUCUCCUCCUCCACAUCUUGCUGGUUUCUACAUCCUAUGCCUUCAUCCUCCACAGCAUCAUUCAGAUGCGUGCAGCUGGGAGUAAGAGAAAUGCCUUUGCCACUUGUAGCUCUCACCUCACUGUGGUUUCCCUCUGGUUUGGUGCCUGCAUGUUCUCAUAUAUGAGGCCCAGGUCCCAGUGCACUCCAUUGCAAGACAAAGUUGGUUCUGUUUUCUAUAGCAUCAUUACUCCCACACUGAAUCCUUUGAUUUAUACUCUCCGGAAUAAGGACGUAGCUAAGGCUCUGAGGAGAGUGCUGGGGAGAGAUAUCACUCAAAGACAGCAAUUGGAGUUGCCCUGA